AUGACGCUCCCUGCCGCCCACUGUCCCACGAGGGACUCAGAGAUGAUCAUCUCCUACACAGAGAACAACAGGUCUCUCUUUUACUGGCUGAAAGGAUUUGUGCCAAGCAGAAUAUGGAGUCUCUACCCGACAACAGGGCGAAACUGUGGCGGGGGCGCAAAGGAGUUGGACCCAUCUCCUGGCGAGACGAGGAAACGCCGAGAGGCGGGGCGCCGGAAACUCGGCCCCCGCCCAGGGCCCGCCCCUUCACCAGCCCCGCCCCACCUCCUGACGUUCCCUGCCCAUGAAUGGCCAGUCUCCUCCCCCUGCAUUGGCCAUUCGCGCGCCCCACUCAGGCCCCGCCCCUUUACCAUUCCCUUACCACCUUACUGCGGUUCCUACGGAGGCCUAGCCAAGCUACACGCGCUCCACUGGCAGUGCAGACGCUGCCUGCCUCGUCGUUUCGCCGCUUCACAGACCUCUCCGACCACCGCUCGCCCUGCGCGGAUUAAGCCCUCACCAGGAGGUGGAUUCGCAGCGUUCUUGCCCCCCCCCCCCGUCUCUUCCCUCGAUGCCAGCCCAAGCCACCGCGUCCUCAACUUAUGGGACUCUCCAGUCCCCACCUCUCCUGAGACCCCAGGCACCAACACCUUGCGUCCUCCUCAGACCGACUCCUGCUGCCCUCCCUUCUGCGACAUCCCUUAUCCCCAUGUUGCGAGGGUGCAUCCGGGCCUGUCUGUCGACAGGCUGCGUCUUCUCCCCGAAAGAGCUCACAAAUGCAAUGAGUGUGGCAAAGCCUUUAAUUACUUCUCAAACUUCAUUAAACAUAAGAGAAUCCAUACUGGAGAGAAACCAUAUAAGUGUGAGGUAUGUGGCAAGGCCUUUAUUUAAAAUUCAAACCUUAGGAUUCACCAGAGAAUUCAUAUUGGAGAAAGACCUUCUAAAUGUAACGAGUGUGGUAAGGCUUUUAUCAGACAUUCACAAGUUCUGGGUCAUCAGAGAAUUCGUACUGGAGAGAAACCUUACAAAUGUAGUGAAUGUGACAAACCCUUUACUGUGCAUUCAUGCCUUACUCAACAUCAGAGACUCCAUAAUGAAGAGAAUCUUUAUAAAUGUAAUGAAUGUGGUAGGGCUUUUAUCUGUUGUUCAUACCUCUGGGAUCAUGAGAAAAUUCACACUGGUGAGAAACCAUACAAAUGCAGUGAAUGUGGCAAGGCUUUUAGGCAACAGUCUGACCUCAGGAUUCACCAAAGAAUUCACACUGGAGAGAAACCUUACAAAUGCAAUGAGUGUGACAGAGCCUUUUCUGUGUAUUCACACCUUACUAAUCAUAGGAGAAUUCAUACUGGAGAGGAACCUCACAAAUGUAUUGAAUGUGGCAAAGCCUUUACCCAUUUUUCAAACCUUAUUAGACAUCGGAAAAUACAUACUAAAAAGGAGCUUCGUAAAUCUAAUAUAUCUCUGAAUGCUUUCAUCCAAAGUCCAAACCUCGGGGAUCAUCAGAUAACUCAUAGUAAAGAGAAAACUUACAAAUGUAACGAGUGUGGCAAAUCCUUCACCACGCACUCAAGCCUUUCUAAUCAUAAGAGAAGCCCCAGUGGAGAGAGACCUUACAAAUGUAAUGAGUGUGGCAAAUCCUUUACCGUGCUUUCAAGCCUUACUAAUCAUAAGAGAAGCCAUACUGGAGAAAAACCUUACAAAUGUAAUGAAUGUAGCAAAACCUUUACACGUUUUGCAAAUCUUACUAGACACCGGAAAAUACAUGCUGAAAAUGAACGAUAUAAAUCAAAUACAUGUGUCAAUGCUUUUAUCCAAAACUCAAGCCUUGGGCAUCAUAACAAAAUUCAUACUGGAGAGAAACGUUACAAAUGA